AUGUUGCUAAGAAAAAAUAUCGAAGUUUUAUGAAGUUAGGGAAUGUUGCUUUCGUCUGAUUACAGUUAAGUUUUAUGUUGAGCUGAAAUUGACCGGGUGGACUCUUCAUUAUGUAUACAUGAAAUAGAUGAAAAGUUUGCUGGAAUAUCUGGCUGUGAGAAAAACAUCUACAACAAGCUACCUAAACAUGAAUAAGGCCGCCGGAAAUGUGACGCUUGACCGAGAAUUGGCGGAUUAUCUUUGCCAUCCCAGCACUCGAGAUGCUUUCCACCUACGCUGCUCAAAUUAAUUCGGCUGGGAUGGAUUGGAGGUGACAACAGGGCGCCGGGCUUUUAUUUUGCAUCAACAGGACGCUCACUGGCGCAGAGUCCAUCAAAGUGUCGCACGCCUCAGCCCGAUAGAGUCACACACUGCUCUCGGGGAUCUGUGAUUGUGAGGCAGCAUGGCAACACCGAACCAAAUCAAGGAGAUCAAAGCUACUUUACAGCGGGGUCUUGAGAACCUGGCCCUAUCGGGAAACCUCAAGCCUCUGCCGCUCCGCCAGCAGACCAGCCGGCCACUGCUACGCAGCAAGCUAGGCGAAGGCCCCCACGUCUGGGGUGACCUGGACAACAAUAAUGUGUCCAGUUACGGAGGUGUGGACCAGAACGGCUACUGCCGCACUAGCGAGGAAUUCAACAAGAUACGCAAUGACUUCAGCAACGUCAAGAUACGGUCGCCGCAGCGGACAAAAACCUGUGACGGACAGGUGCGGGCCAAGAGUGAGCUUGGCACACAGGGGUCAAGUGGCGCAGCCAACGACUUGCCGAGCUCGCUCCGAACGAAGCCACCAGUCCCAAACAGAGCCCUGAUUCGGCCAAUCAGCGGGAAGAAACCGCUGAACGAGCCCCAAAGCAAGUUUGCCGCACAAACCAGAAAACAGUCCAAGACAAACUUGAAGCCCAACCCCUUGGACAGCCCCGCCAAGGAUUCCCCCUCAAGCCCUCUGCGCCAGACGAGCAGAGAGUCGUCUGGGUCAGAGGGGGGCACUGUGAGGUCAAUGGGGUCCAAGAUGAACCAGAAGUCGAGAAUGUCGUCAGAGGAAGAUGCAGAGGAGUGGAGUGACAUUGACGAAGAUGAGGAUGAAUUUGAUCCAACAGAAAGCGAGAGGACGCCCGGAGACGGAGCAUUGUUUGAUGACUUUGAGGAGGACGAUGAAAUAGGCGGCAUCGAGGGAGAUGUCCUCGAUGAAGAUGAUGAAUCGGACGACUAUUCCAUCGCCAGCAACGACUCUCUCUACCAGCUGACCAACGUGCCAUUGCCAGCGGCUAUAGCUACAGCAGCGAUCGGCAAGCCUCCCAGGGAGGGGAACCGAGUCAGCCUGUCCAGCCGGACAGGCUCGCGUAUGUUCCAGUACCUGACCACAGGCGCCGACGAUGCCCUACCGGCCCUGAGCCCUAGUCUCUUCAGCAACAUCCCGCCUACGAUUAACUUCGUAGGGGUGGAGGAAAAAGCCGUCCAGUUUCCCUGGGAAAUCCGGAAGCUUCUCAAGUGGAGGAUGAGCCCUAUCACGCCCAACGUAAUCAAGAACUGCAUCGCCAGGUCUGGCUUCCGAGCGACCAGAAAAGCGAAUGAAUGGCUUGGUUACUGGGGUAAACACAUGAAAGCCAAUGCCUUCAAGAUGGUCCGGGAGCACCAGAAGGUCAACCAUCUGCCUGGCUCGUUCCAGAUUGGGCGUAAGGACCGACUCUGGCGCAACCUGUACAAGAUGCAGGUGCACUUUGGCAAGCGGGACUACGGGUUCUUCCCCCAGACCUACUGCCUGCCCUACGACCUCAAACUGCUGAAGCGAGCCUGGGAGGACGGGGGCACCAAGCAGAAAUGGAUCCUGAAACCUCCGGCUUCGGCCCGAGGUAACGGUAUCCGUGUUGUCCACAAGUGGAGCCAGAUCCCGCGGCGCAAGCCGGUUAUCGUCCAGCGCUACCUGUCCAAGCCCUUCCUCAUCAACGGCAGCAAGUUUGACCUACGCAUCUACGUCUACGUCAAGUCCUAUGACCCGCUCAAGAUCUACGUCUUUCAGGACGGGCUGGCUAGAUUCGCCACCAUGAAGUACUCAGCAUCCAUGAAGAACCUGUCCAACAAGUUCAUGCAUCUGACCAACUACAGCAUCAACAAGAAGAAUGCUGACUUCACACCCAACAGCGACUACACGGCCUGUGAGGGACACAAAUGGGGCCUGAAAGCUUUGUGGGGCUACUUGAAACCCAUGGGGAUAGACACUGUCAGCGUCUGGGAGAACAUCAAGGACGUCGUGGUCAAGACUAUCAUCAGUGUGGACUCCACGGUCAACAGCAUGGUCAAGCUCAAUGUCAAGAGCCGUUACUGCGUCCACGAGCUGUUCGGUUUUGACGUCAUGCUGGACGAAAAUCUCAAGCCCUGGAUUCUGGAAGUCAACAUCUCCCCGAGUCUUCAUUCUAACUCUCCCCUGGAUGUCAGCAUCAAGGGAGAGAUGAUCAAGGAUCUGCUCAACAUCUCUGGCUUCCACAUCCCGGACAAGAGAGACAUUUACUCUGUCCUGACGCCAACCAGCAGCAGCUCCUCCAAGGUACGCGGCAGUGACAUAUUCAUGGACAAGCGGUUGUACCAGACCCAACUCUCCAGUGACGAGAGGGCCAAACAUGUCUUCUACACGCAGAAACACAUCGAUGAGCAAUGCCGCAUGUCCAUCCUGGACACGCUGACCCCCGACGACCUGCGUAUCCUAACCGAGGCAGAGGACGAGUACAGUCGCUGCGGGGGCUUUGAGCGCGUCUUCCCCUCCCCGACCUCCCACAAGUACAUGAGGUUCUUUGAGAACCCGCGCUACUUCAAUAUCCUGUUGGACGAGUGGGUACGCAAGUACCACAGGCAGCAUGCAAAAGGUUUAUCACUACUGGAGGAAUAUUGCCAGGAAGGCAUUCAUUUGGGUACCGGCAAAGACAACUCACACGUGUGUCCACCAUGGAGUCCGUCUUUUACGCCCAGGUUUAGCCCAUGGUCCCCCAUCUCCAGUGUCAUCCAAUCACAAGACCCACGGACAUCCAGUGCCCCUGUUACCAGUGCCCCUUCACCGACAACGGCUCUGAAGAAGAGUUCCUCCACCAACAACCUGCCUAAGAUUCGGCGACGCGGCCUGGCCAAACCUCGAGCCCUGUCCUCCACUGGCAGCGCCGCCCCCCUGGGCAAAUCCCCUGCCCACUCGCAGCCCCACCCACCCCGGGGGCUGUACGCCCCCCAGCGCCGGACGGUGACGGGCAUGACCACGCCUAGCUGAUGGGGGCCUCGCCUACCCCCGCUCAUGCAGAUGUUCCACGACCGUCACGUAGUCCAUGUCCCGUCGCUGCGCCUGAGCUACCGGCACAUGCUGAUGAAAUCCAAGGAGGCGCGAGGGGAGAGGGCAGCAAACAAGCAGACCACAAAGGGGGUGGGGACACACCGAGGGGCAGGGGACAAUUAACGCAGGGAAAAACACAGGCCUUGAGUAAAAUGUAUUUGGUACAUAAGUCCUUGAUUUGCCAGAUUGGACCAAUUCUAUCGUUGAAAUAUUUUCACCAGCACUCUGAACAACCCGUACUUGGGAACGUGCAAGACGGUAUAUCUGUCACAAUUCGCUGUUCAGCAAUUGCAGACCUGAAGAUUUGUGCCUUCAAAAGACUUACCACGCCUGGCAAGGAUGAUUCCCAAAGUGCAUCUCUCUGAACUGCAGAAAAACAAACGACAUAGUCCCAAACAAAGGAGAAAGAUAGGCCAAUUAGACACGUCAGGGCAUACCCGUCCGUAAACUACCUGCAGAGUCCUUCUGUGUCGGUAUUCACAAAGGCCGUGAUGGUCUCAGUGCCUUUUUGCAAUGGGUGGAGGUAGGCGUCAGUAUAGGCUGUUAAUUUUUAGACAACUCUGUGCACCGUGUGGAGUGAUUGAACAAUCUCACCACCAGAGCCAAGAAUUUGAAGUGUUUCUCACCAAAGUUUGUGCUCCAGCCUGCCUUGCUUCACUUCUAGACAUUCCAGUUUGCUGCUUUAUUUCCAGUGCUUGCUGAUUUCUCUCUAAAUUGCGCUCACCACCAAAGCCAAGAAUUUGAAGUGUUUCUCACAAAAGUUUGUGCUCCAGCCUGCCUUGCUUCACUUCUAGACAUUCCAGUUUGCUGCUUUAUUUCCAGUGCUUGCUGGUUUCUCUCUAAAUUGCGCUCACCACCAAAGCCAAGAAUUUGAAGUGUUUCUCACCAAAGUUUGUGCUCCAGCCUACCUUGCUUCACUUCUAGACAUUCCAGUUUGCAACUCUAUUUCCAGUGCUUGCUGGUUUCUCUCGGGCUGUUGAAUUUCUCUAGUGAACUCCCUAAUUUUUUUGGUCCGUUUUGAAGGGUUUAAUGGCAGAAAAGGUUGUAGGGAUGCAUUUUCUUUGUCCUGUUUCAGAGAUUUUCAUAGUGUACUGUAGAAAAUUGUCAUUUUCAAGUGUGGACUUAGAGACAUGCUGUGAACCUACGUUAACAAUUCCCUAGACAUUAAACAGGAGGUCGGUGAUGCCUUGUGCUUUCAUCCUGCGCCAUACUUUAUACCUCAGAUGAUCAAAACAAGUCUUCCUUUUUUACAUAUAGUUGGUGCCAUUGCUCUUUCAUUGCAUUCUCUAUUUGGAUCGUGCUCACGGUCUGCACUGCCAGUAGAAAAGAAAGCAGGACUUGUGUCAGUUUUUCCUGGUGUUCAACUAUGCAAAUGUUCGGUGUGUGUCUUGUGAUACAGGGGCAUAAAUUAUAAUAACAUAAAAGCUAGUUACUGAUUUUUUUUUCUAAUCGUAGAUAAUUUCUAUAUGCAUAAAUUGUCACCAUAUUAAUCAAUGAAAAUUGUUGGUGGUUGGUAACUGUGGAAAUGUGCCCAGGUAUAUUUAAUGACAAACUCUGAUUUUAUUCCUGUCUCCUAAUUAUAUAAUUUUUGUUUAUUUUUGCUGUUUAUUUUGCUUUGUUUUUGUGUUUUUAUUUUUGAGUAAGGUGCUUUAUUGCAGUUUCACGCUUUUUUUUUCUGCAUCCUUUUUUUACAAUUUAUGUUUUUGUCUUUUUUUUACAUUUUUUUUUUAAAGUUUAACUGUUAAGAUGAUGGUGAUUUGAUUGCAUCCUCAUCUGUGUUAAACCUUGGAGUGCCUUAAUUGUCAAAUGACUCCCUUCCCAGUGUGGUGUUGUACAUGUAGGAUGCAUGUGAGUCGCUCUGACAUCAAUUACUUCAUAUGUGUUGUGAUUUGUGUGAUUGCCGAUGCUAAGUUCUAUAUAAUAUAUGUGCUCUAAUUGAAUUCUGAUUGAUUUUUCUUGUGUGUGUUUGCCUUGCCUUAGAGACAAAUUUGUGGAUUUUUUUUUGUUGAAAUGGGCUGGGGAUUAUUUUUUAUAGACACCAAUGUUGAAAUACAAAAUUUACAUUCCAGGAUAUUAUUGUUACUAUUCAGAUUGUGUAGAAACAGAAACUGCCUUGUCCUUUUUACUCCGUGAAUUGUGAAAUCUGUGCCGGCAUCUGGAUCCAAAUAACCGAGAUCACCGAUUAAUGCCUCAUUUAUUUAUUCAUUUCUAUAAGUGUUGUUCAAAAUCCAAGUAAGAAGUUGCGAUAUUUCAGGGUAUUAAAACACUUGAAUUUGACUUGACAAUCUGCCUUUUCAGUCCAAUUUGUGCAUUUUUGGGCAGUAAAGUUUGGUCUGUGUAUAGUGAUGUAAAAUGCUUUUGUUCUUAGCCAAAAUGAAUAAGAGAAUGUUAGAAAUCCUUGUGGAUUAUUUAAAAUAAUGUGUAUGACUUCCAAAAUUGUAUAUUUUGCACAAAUUUGAAAACUGUUGUUUUAUUUUAUUUGGAUACACUUUUGAGUUAUUUUGGGAUUUGAACAAUUGUGGAAGAAUUGAAAAGAUACUGGGAUUUUUGUAAAGAAAAAUGUGUGUGUUAUUUAAAUUGGAGAAGGGAGCUCUUAAUGAUCGGCUGAACUUACAAAUUCUUCUUUGCACAAAUUUUUGUUUUUCAGUGUAACAGCUUGAAAUAAAAUCGAUUUGGCACUUCUAACUCGCGAAA